GGAGAAGACUGACAACAGACAGUCAGACAGGGAGGAAGGGAUCAGGUGGCAGAAGUUUGCACUAGCAACACCUGCCAAGGAAUCUCAGCGAGCGGGACCGCAGAGGAGGGUGCAAGGCCAUUGAUUCAGAAGUAAUCCCCACAGCUCUUUCAAAGUCCACAAAGUCUUCAGCGCUCGGAAUGUCUGGUAGCGAAGAACUGAUGCAGGUCGAGGAGGGAGAGGGACAGGAGGGGCAGGAGGGGCAGGAGGAGUAUGAAGGGGAGGGAGAGGACCCCGAGCUCGCCCAGAUGCAGAAGGAGCUCGCCAAGGCGGAGCAGCAGAAGGCCGAGCUGGACAAGCUGAACAAGCAGCAAGGCUCUGGAUCCGCAGGGUCUGCUGACGGCAAGUCGGGUGGUGAAGAUUCCGAGCUUUCCGCAGCAGCGGCAGCAGACCAGGCAGAGAGAGACAGUCGAAGCAUCUUCAUCGGGAACGUUGACUUUGCCGCGUCAGUGGAGGAGGUCCAAGCUCUCUUUGCCGACUGUGGAGAGAUCAACGCAAUCACCAUCCCUGUCGACAAGUUCACGGGCAGAGCCAAGGGCUUCGCGUACCUCGAGUUCGCUGACAAGGCGUCGGUGCUGAUGGCCAUGGAGAAGAACAAUGCGCUGCUGCGAGAUCGUGCGAUCAAGGUUGUGAACAAGAGGACCAACCUCCCGUCAUGGCAGGUACAGCCCUCGAGAGGAAGAGGAGGGCGAGGAAGAGGAAGAGGAUUCUCGCCUGCUCGCGGUCGUUCGUACAGAGGAGGAUACCGAGGCUACGGCCGCGGGCACUUUCAUCCGUACUGAGAUAGGAGCAACAUGAAGGAGAUUGUCUGAUCCAGUAAUGUUGAUGAUGAUGCUUAUGGUGAUGAUAACCUGACGCCUGCGGAAAAUUUUGAUACAUUGUCUUCUCAACUG